UUUUGAACUUUUAAAAGCAGUUAUGAUAUUUGUUUCUUCAGAUAAAUACAUUUUAUGAAAAUAAAAAAAAAAAAUACACAGUUACGCAGUUUGGCGUUUACCAACACAGUUCCAACAAAAUGCCGCACCAAAACAAUAAAUUAACUAAAAUUAAAACAAAAAUUCGGCAUGUCAUAGCGAAUUUACAACAACUCCAGAAUCUGAGUGAAGUAGAGCAUGACUUCAAUGUGGAACAGGUGGAGGAACUGCAGCGCAACACGACAACCCUUCUGGAUGAACUUGACCAAGUGCCGAUCCAAAAAGUAGCCAGCUUACAAACACAGAGAAAACGCCGGCGACUCUUAGAUAAACAAAAGAAUAAGCGAGCAAAAUGUGAAAUCAAAAAACCAGAAGAACUUUUGCUUAAAGAACGGAAAUAUUCCGUAAUUCCCCCGCGAAAUUCCAAAGAGAAACAAGCGGAGCACAUCUCCCUGCGAAAACAACAUGAUGCAGUCUACAUUUUGGAAAACUUUGAUCUUUUGGAAAAACUAUGCGAAUCUCGGGGAGGAGAUUCGAGGGCUCUUAGCCAAAAACUGGCCCAAAUGCGACACGUUUGGAGACGGGUCCAGGAGGAGAGUAAAGGCGACGACCAUGUCAAAGAGUCCAAGAUGGCUGCCUCUAUAGAACCCCAAUGGGAGGCAGUCUUCUUUGGCAAACCUUCAAAUUUGUUAAGGGAGAAUAAGAAAAGGUUCCUGGAGAUUCGGUCCACCUGGGACUCUUACGUAAGCCUUGGAGAGAGAGGUUCCUGUGUUCCCACAGGAUGGGUUUUACCUCUCAUAAAGCCAAUAUCUCAGUGGGCCGCCUACAUUUUUGAAACUUAACAUAUGUUUUACCAAUAAACGGAAUCAAACGACAA